AUGUCAGGGAACAAAUCAGUCACAAUCAUUGGAGCGGGCAUUUUCGGCCUCUCGUUGGCCGUAGCUCUUCGCGAUCGGGGCCAUGAGGUCACCGUUUUUGAACGAUACCACUAUGAUCAGAAUUCAUAUGAUGCAAACGACGAAGACAUCCAAGCUGCAUCGGUGGACCAUAACAAGAUCUUCCGAGCGUCAUACGGGAAGGAGCUUCAUUACCAGCGCCUUGCAAUGGAAAGUCGGAAGCUCUGGGUUUCCGAAGAUGAGAAACGUGGUUUCUCGCCACAAGCUUCUGAGUCCGGUGAGAAGAGACUCUUCGUCAAUAGUGGCAUGCUACGAGUUCAGCCAUCGGACCAUCUCGAAGCACUAGAGAAGGAGACGCUAGCGAAUUAUGAACGCGACGGUCUGAGGGAAACGCAAUUCGUCAGGAGUGACCCCGAAGACCAACGACGGGCAGAGAGCGAGGGAUGGGAAAAGAAGCUGCUCGAAUUCAGAAUCCCGCAUACUUCCCCUGCUGAAUCCUAUGAAGCUGUACUUGAUUCGACGGCUGGAUUUGUGAGAUGCAGUAAUGCUUGCACUUACUACCAGAAGCUAGCAGCAUCGAAAGGAGUCCAGUUCCACUUUGGGCCCGAGGAUGGCGCUGUUAAAUCGCUGGUGAAGUCACCGAGCAGUGUUGACUCUUCAAAGGAGAAGGUGACAGGUAUAGAGACAAAAAGCGGCGCGGUUUACAAUGCCGAUGUUGUUGUGGUUGCUGCCGGAUCUUUUUCGACACAAAUCUUGCCCGAUUUGAGCUACCAUCUCGAGUCCUCCGCUGGGAGUUUAGCCACUUUCAAGAUCGAUCCGAGCGACACCGAGCUCUGGGAGAAGUAUUCACCUGAGAAGUUUCCAGUCCUAACUUGGAAAAGUACUCCUCGGGACCCUACAGGCAAAGAUACCGGUAGCAUCUAUGUUCUGCCUCGUACCCCGGAGGGACUUGUGAAGAUCGGAUAUCGUGGGAUGAAGUUUACCAACUUCAGACCUGCACCCGACCGAACACCGUUCACGCAGGAUAAACAGUGGUCGGUGCCCCUCCCACCGAAAGAAUGUUUAUCCCUUCAAGAGCAAGCCGUCUAUUCAAUCAGGCAAUUUGUUUCUAUCUUCCUACCGGAGUUCGAGAGUGUUCCAUUCUACUCUACCAAGCUCUGCUGGUAUACCGAUUCAUUGGACAACUCCUUCGUGAUUGACUACUCCCCUGAUUACGCAGAAAAUUCGGUCUUUGUUUGUACCGGUGGCAGUGGCCAUGGGGCCAAAUUCCUCCCUAUCCUCGGUCAGCACGCGGCGGAUAUUUUGGAGAAACCGAGCGAGAGUACGUCGUACAUGCGCCCGUUUUGGCGAUGGCGGCCCGAUCUGCCUCGAAGAAAUGGUCUCGAAGAAGGACCGGAUGGACCGCGCAAUAUCUCUCAUCCUCGUGUCUAA